UGUUAUUUCACUCAGAACCAAAAGAAUUGAAGAUGGGCAACUCAUUUGCAUGUUUCUCUCAGAAUCAACAAAAAUCGGCGGCGAAAAGACGGCCGCCGGCGGUUCCUCUUCCUCCAUCUCUGUCAAACUCCGGUAGCCGGAAAUCAUCAUCCCAGAAGGUUGUUCCAUCGUCUUCCAUGAAAGAAAGCUUCGACGAAGCUUAUAUUAAGCAACAAGCUAUGACUGCUGUCUUGCUCCUACGACAACAUCAUCAGCAGUUUGAUCGCUCGGUUUCUCUUAGAGACCCUUUGUCGUCGUCGUCUUCAAGGAGGCAGAAAAAGAUUCCCAGAAGCUCCAGUUCUCGCCCCCCCACCUCGCUCUUUGAUUCUCUUCCUCAAUCUCUGCACCCUCUCCAACAGGACCCAAAAACUGAAGAUGCAGAAACUGGACAUUUUGUUCUGGUUCAUGGAGGUGGCUUUGGAGCAUGGUGCUGGUACAAAACCACAACAUUUUUAAAAGAAGCUGGAUAUCAAGUUGAUGCCAUAGACUUAACUGGUUCUGGAGCUCAUCCCCAAGAUUCAGACUCCAUCACAACUCUAGCACAAUAUGCAAAGCCCCUCACGAAUUUUCUCGAAAAUCUCCCUAGCGACAGAAAGGUUAUCUUGGUAGGGCAUGACAUUGGUGGAGCAUGUAUUUCAUAUGCAAUGGAGUUGCAUAAAUCAAAAAUCUCCAAAGCAAUUUUUGUAGCUGCAGCAAUGCUGAAGAACGAGCAGAGUGUACUCGACAUGUUCUCCCAUAAGCCCGGGAUGGAUGAUCUGUUUCAGCGUGCGCAGAUUUUCAUGUACUCGAAUGGGAAGAAACAUCCUCCUACUGCUAUAAAUUUCGACAGAUCAUUAGUGAAAGAUACCUUCUUUAACCAAACCCCUGCUAAGGAUGUGGAAUUAGCAUCAGUAUCAAUGAGGGCGGUCCCCUUCGCGCCCUUGACAGAGAAACUCUCUCUUUCUGCGAUGAAUUAUGGUUCAAUCCCGAGGUUUUAUAUCGAAACACAAGAAGAUUUUGCCAUCCCACUCCCACUCCAGGAGGCCAUGAUUCAUUCAAAUCCUCCUCAACAAGUUUUCCUGCUCAAAGGCUCUGAUCAUUCUCCUUUUCUGUCAAGGCCUCAGGCUUUGCACAAGAUUUUGGUAGAGAUAUCACACAUUUUGCCAAAAUGAAUGCCCACUGCUACCCAAAGUUUUGACUCUGGGAAAAUACCCAAUUUUCGACUAUCCAAAAGUGAUUGAAAACAUAAGAUUUUUUGUCCGAGGCAAUACUGCAUAAA